CCUUGUCCCACGGAAUCUCUCCUCGUUAGCCAAUGAAGGGACGGUAUGCAAAUGAGUUCAGUAGUCAGCCUGCCUCAAUCAAAACAAUGAGCUCAGAGACUUUAGAAACUUAGUAGUACCGAGAGCUCUGCAGAUUCAAGCUGACAAACCCGCCUCAAUCCAGGGACCCCUCUCGUUUUGAUUUAACUCAGCAUUCCAUGGCGAAGCAUAUUCUUGAGCCUUUAAUGCAGUCUCACUAGUUCCAGAAAGGACUGAAUUUACUGCUGCAGAAAUGAAGUACAAGAAUCUUAUGGCAAGAGCCUUGUAUGACAAUGUUCCCGAGUGUGCAGAAGAAUUGGCGUUCCGCAAAGGAGAUAUACUGACUGUGAUUGAGCAGAAUACCGGUGGGCUGGAAGGAUGGUGGCUCUGCUCCUUACAUGGAAGGCAAGGCAUCGUCCCGGGCAACCGUGUGAAACUCCUGAUUGGCCCACUACAGGAGGGUUCCUCCAAUCAGGACCAGCCCCCUUCUGGACUAAUGCACCAGAGUUUUGGCUCACAGAAAGUCUAUCAAGUACCGCAUUCACAGGCUUCAUCUCGGGAUGCUGUCUAUCAAGUACCACCGUCCUACCAGAAUCAGGGAAUUUACCAGGUCCCUACAGGCCAUGGUGCUGUAGAGCAAGAUGUAUACCAGGUGCCACCAUCAGUACAAAGAAGCAUCGGUGGGACCAGUGCUUCCCAUUUAAGUAAAAAGGUGAUCACCCCAGUGAGAACAGGCCAUGGCUAUGUGUAUGAGUUUCCAUCCAAGUAUCAGAAGGAUACCUAUGAUAUCCCUCCAUCUCAUCCGAUCCAAGGGGUAUAUGACAUCCCCCCAACAUCACUGAAGUUCCCAGCUCCAAUGGGAGAGAUGAAACCUUCAGGAGUAUAUGAUAUCCCUCCUGUUAAAGGAGUUUAUGCCAUUCCACCUGCUUCCCGAGAUGAAGUAGGAUUAAGAGAAAAGGAAUAUGAUUUCCCUCCCCCUAUGAGACAACACCUCAGACCAGAACUCAGACCUGAGGGCGUUUAUGAUAUCCCUCCAACAAGUUCCAAGGCAGUAGUAGGGAAGGACCUUAAUGUAAAAUACAACUGUGAUGCUUCAGGAGCUGCUGAGCAGGUAUCCCAGAGACACCAAAGCGUUCUUCAAAACCAGCAGCAAAUGCACCUCGGACAGUCUACAGCCCCUCAAAAUGAUGCAUAUGACAUCCCCAGAGGAGUUCAGUUUCUCGAGCCCCAAGCAGCAGCUGGUGAAAGGGUAAAUGCUGAAGAAAAAGACGGAGUAUACGAUGUCCCACCACAGACCACCCAGGAGACUAAAGGUUGCCCCGAUGUGACAGACGGCAUGAAUAGACUCUCUUUUUCCAGUACAGGUAGUACCAGGAGCAACAUGUCCACUUCUUCCACAACAUCGAAGGAGUCCUCCUUGUCAGCCUCUCCAUCCCAGGACAAAAGAUUGCUCCUGCUGGAUCCCGACACAGCCAUCGAGAGGCUUUAUCGGCUUCAGCAGGCGCUAGAGACCGUUGUGUGCCACCUCGCCUCCCUGGUCACCGCCGACUGGAGGUGUUACGGCUACAUGGAGAGACACAUCAAUGAGAUCCGCACAGCGGUGGAAAAGGUGGAGCUGUCUUUGAGGGAGUACCUCCAAUUUGCCAAGGGGGCUGUAGCAAAUGCCUCGGGACUCCCCGAACUCACCCUGCACAACAAAAUGAAGCGAGAAUUGCAAAGGGUGGAAGACUCCCACCAGAUUCUAACCCAGACCAGCCAGGACUUAAACGGCUGCAGUUGGUCCUUGAACAUUCUAGCUGUCAAUAAGCCUCAAAGCAAGUGCGAUGACCUUGAUCGGUUUGUGAUGGUGGCGAAAACGGUGCCGGAUGAUACCAAACAGCUCACUACCAGCAUCAGCACCAACGCGGAAAUGCUCUUCCGGUCAGCCCCGGGCGGCGGGAGACUAAAGAAUGGGUCUGAGCCUGGGACCGGAGCAAGUGACUACCUGCACACGGGCCCACAGAUCCAGGGGCUCCAUCCCAGUGACCACAAGAGCCAGCCCUUUUGCAAGCCGCUGCCCCCGAGUCUAAGCAAGGACCAGCAUUCUGACUGCAAUAGCAAUGAUAGCUCCGAGCGCAGCUGGAUGGACGAUUACGAUUAUGUCCACCUGCAGGGGAAAGAAGAGUUUGAAAGGCAGCAGAAAGAGCUUUUAGAAAAGGAAAAUAUCAUCAAGCAGAACAAGAUGCAGCUGGAACAUCAUCAGAUCAGUCAAUUCCAGUUGUUGGAGCAAGAAAUUACUAAGCCAGUGGAGAAUGACAUCUCAAAGUGGAAGCCCUCUCAGAGCCUCCCCACUACAAACAGCAGUGUGGGUGCCCAGGACAGACAGCUGCUUUUUUUCUACUAUGACCAAUGCGAUACCCAUUACAUCUCCCUUCUCAAUGCCAUUGAUGCUCUCUUUAGCUGUGUCAGCUCAGCCCAGCCCCCCAGGAUCUUUGUGGCGCACAGCAAGUUUGUUAUCCUGAGUGCACACAAGCUGGUGUUCAUUGGAGACACGCUGACAAGGCAAGUGGCAGCCCAGGAGAUCCGUAACAAAGUGAUGAACUCCAGUAACCAGCUGUGCGAGCAGCUUAAGAACAUCGUCCUGGCCACCAAGGCGGCCGCCCUACAUUACCCUAGCACACCUGCUCUGCAAGAAAUGGUGCACCAAGUAACAGACUUGUCCCGAAAUGCCCAGCUGUUCAAGCGUUCCUUGCUGGAGAUGGCAACAUUCUGAGGGGAAAGGGGGAAAGAGACUGAGGGGCCACACACUCAAACUGGAAAUAUUGUCUGGUUUAUGUAAAUGUUAUCUAUUUUUGUAGAUAUUUUAUAUGAAAUAUUUUAAAUAUGUUUUAUGAAUUAGAGAACAUUCAGGGAGUUGGAGAGGUAAAAUUAUUAUCAAUCUUUGGUUCUUAUAUAUACAUUUGUGUAUCUAAAAUAGAUAUAUAUAAACUGUACAUAGACUUGAUCACAUUCUCAUAUGUGCCUGUGGGAGCAAUGUGUGUGUGUAGAUAUAUGUAUGUAACACAUUCCAUUAAAAACCAUGAAUUAAGAAGCACCUUAUUAUGCAUCCCCAAAAUACUACAUCUUACAGAUGACUGAAUAGAUAAUUCUGAUUGAUACUCUACCGUAUGCUGUAGGGGUUAUACUGGAUGUUUUUACCCAAGUGUUUGGGAACAAGACUAUGCCCGCAAGUCACUUCCUUAUAAUUAACUUUCUUUUUUAGUUGAACCCUUUCCAAAAUUUUCCUUCUUUCCCAGUCCUCACAUCAAAAUGCACUGAGUCCUCUGAGCAAGCAGAUUUUGUGAACAACAUAUUUAUAAAAUGUGUGUCAAAACAUGAGCUAUUAUUUAGGGUGCUAGGGAGGGAAGCAGCUUAGUCAUUAAAGGAGGUAGGAAAAGUGUACUUAAAGGUAAUUUCUGACUGAGUGGGGGUAUUUCUAAGCUGAGAGGAAGCCACAAUAAAGACAAGUCAUAUGUUUGCCCAUGACUCUUUCAUCUUUUGUAUUAGUGAGAGUCAGCUGUGAGAUUUUCCAGAGGUUUAGUAUAAAUUGAAAAACCCCUUUUUGCAAAAGGGACAUCCAUGGCAUGUGUACCUCAGGUUGUAAGUAUCCGUGAAAAUAAAAAUAAGGCACAAUCUGAUACACAGAUUGCAAAUUAAUGCUUUGAUAGCUGUCAUCAUUGCCUAGAUGCUUUUUUCUAGCAAAAGGAAUUAGGUGAUUUCUGGGCCUGAUGACUGUAGAGAUUCACACCACUUUGAACAAUGAAAGUCCUUGAUAACCUUCCCCGAUGGCUCACAACAUCAUCAUCAUUUCAAACUUAGAGCCAGUUUCAGCCUUAAGCCUCCCUCUCUGUCUUUACUACACCUCUAUUGACUAACUUCAUUCUGAUAGGUUACAAAGACACUGAGUCACAGCAUUUAAACCAUAGACUGACUAUAAAAUUUAAAUACCUCCAUUACAUCUUUUGGCAAUAACACAUACCACAAGUCUUAACAGAUUCACUGGGAAGUGGGAUGGAAAAAAUGGGGGCAAGCAAUGGUUUUAUAAGUGAUUACUGUUAUGUAUACUUAUAUUCUAAAGUCAAGAGGCAUUUAUCUAGGCUAUUUCUAUCCAGUGCCUUGUUCACUCUUUUUAUUCUAGCCUAUGUCAAAACGUGCUCUUACAUUGCAAUAUGUGCUUUACUGAAUUAAAUUUACUUCUAUUGAACAACCAAAAUAUUGGAAUAGAGGAUGGAAUUAAGAAAGAGCAGAUAUGAUCAGAAAGAGAUAAGGUGAAUUAUGGAGCUUAUCACAAAAAUGAUUUUUAAAAUAGCAUCUAUUGUAAUGUUCACAGUCAUGCUCCAUCAAAAGAAGAGAUGGGACACAGAAAGGACAUCCUACACCUGAAACAGAGGGGCUGACAACAUCAACAACUUGAAAAUAAUCAUGGCAAGAGGAUAUUCUUGUGGACUUUGUUCCUAUUGAUAGGUUGUAUAUUUUUUUAGGAGGUAACAUAUUUGUACUAAGCUACAUGGUAAUAUUACAAGUUUUCGAAAGGAAAGCCAAGUCAUUAAAUCUGUAUCCUUGUUUUUGCUGUCUUGUAUGUAAAGACUAUUUUUAAAUCAUUAAAUUUUUUAAUCUUUUUUAUAUCAUCUAGAUUUUCCUUUGCAUGUUUUCUCUGCCACAGAAAGCUGACUUGGAUUGACAUUUCUAAGGAGGAAAUUUAACUUGAGAUACUUUUUUUUUCUUUCCAUAUUAAAGACCUCAAUUUUCUGGGGUUGGGGGGAAUCAAGUUUUUGUUUGUUUUGUUUUGUUUUGUACUGUUUUAAUAUUUCAAAUUAUACUUAAAUCUGAAAAAAAAAUGUCUCUUAGUUGGGAUAUAUAAUAAAACAUCUGGAAAAACUCU